ACUGGCAAGAGGUGAAAACGCUGCUGCAUUAAGCCACACUUGGUGUAGCGUAUAGCGAGCGACUACGCCGUUAAGCAUCCUUAGUGUAGCACGCUUGAUUCCGAUAGUCGAGCGUUCGCAGCCCGAGUGCAAGAAUUUUUUCCUUUCCACCGUAUUUCUUUGUCAGCGCCAGUCGUUCGUCGCCAUUGCGCCCCGAUCGGCGAGGCGAAUCACGGGAACGAUGCACGCAAGUGGUCAAGCGACAAUGUGGGAACGCGGUGUAGUCUACGUCUUCGCUGCUUGUUUUCUCGGUGUGUGUCGGGCGCAGCUCAAGCCCGGCUGCAAGAUAUCUCAACUACAUGCCUGCGGUGAAGACUACCUGGUGUACAGCAACACCACGCACCUGCCGGAGCCACACGAGGACCAGUUCCAGGAAAAUUGCGAGUUGUUCGCCAAGCAGAUCGCCUGCACGAUCGAGUUCUCUGAGAGUUGCCUGGACAAUGUACCACGCGCCGUGGCGCUGGUUGCCAUGGAGGCAGCGGGCGACGACUUCGAGGCUGCCUGCACCGAAGGCACCGAACGGCACGACAUGUACAAGAGCAGCAUCGUGUGCAUGAACGCCGCGGGAACUAGGUUGAACAAGUGCUUCGGCGUGCUUCGCGAUGGCAUGGGCGAGAGCAUCGAUGCACCGGCUGGAAGGACCAUUCACUACGCCUGCUGCGCAUACCAUAACUCUUUGGAGUGCGUAGAGCGGGCCCUAGACGACUGCGAUCCUAACUCUCCGGCCAAGGAGUACGUAUCAAACGUGAUGGAACGCAUCUUCGGGCAAGUGCUGAGUCUCGUGUGCGGACCCUACACCCGGGGUUCAGCCGACUGCCACACGCUGCCCAAACUGCCGCCCAGCACUGGACCGAAAAAGACCAACCUCAUCGAGCUGGCCAUCGAGAUAUCCAACUCGUUCAGAAACAAGAAGAAAAAGAACUAAGAAGCGUAGCCGUGUGUGAUUCAUAUUAUACGUAUUCUACCCAUCAGUCCAUUCUUGCCUUGUUAUUGCUUGUUUGACUGGGAGUACGUGGAUGAAAAGUGUUAGUAUCUGCUGGUUGGAUGCACAUUGUAGGAAAAGUCAACACACUGACCAUUACCACCAGAAGUCGUGUGUCAUGUGUCUUCUUCCCGGAUGCCCAUGUCACUGUUUUUGGCUGGAACCCUAUUCGUGAAACAAGAGAUGGUAGUAGUAGCACUUUCGGUUUCAACCGGCGUUGAACGGUGUAAACAGUUGAACUGUAGAAACGCCCCCGUCGAUGCCUUACCCGACCUUUUGUCACUGAGGAGGAAAAAAGAAAAGCUGGAGCUGUAAUCUGUUCUGCGCGGCAGCUAAUGUCAUUUUAUAUCUCAGCUGUUUGUGCUGUUUUUUCAAGCAUGAAGCCCUACUUCAAGCACUUAAGUUAGAAUUUAUUGGUUGAAGCACGAACAUUACACAGGCGGUGAGAAUCAUUCACCAGCGUUUGUAGUAAUAAAUAUUAUAUGAACAAUUCAUAUUUCCCAUAUUACAUGUUUUCACACUUGCACUCUGGGCAAAUGUAUUGCAAUACACGCGCUAUGUGGCUAACAUUUAUUUUUUUAAUUUAGUGUAUUGGAGAACAUUUUUUGCUUCAAGGUCUUGCAAGGUUGGUAGGAAAAAUACAGCUUUUCAGCUUACUUCUUGCAACUUUUAUAACUUAUGCAACUCAUACGUAUCAAAGUUUGGCAUACAGCAUCCCAGAAACAGAAAAUACAUAUGAAAAAACAACUAGUUGGAGUAAAACACAGUUAAGUUCUUUCUUUUGUUCUAUUGCUUGCUAGCAAAAUAUUCAGUAUCGAUAAAUGAUAUCUACUGUACUGCUUGCAAAUCAGUCAUUAAAACCAUUAAAAUUUUGUGCAGCA